AUGUGUCGUCUCUUGGUAUUCAAGGGCGUGGAGCCGAUCCAGCUGUCCAAUUUGGUCACGAAGCCAGCCCACUCCAUCAUCAAUCAGGCCUUCGAUGCUCGUCUUCGCCUGGACGCUACCCGAUCUGUCAAUGGCGAUGGGUUCGGUCUUGGAUGGUACGAUGCUACCGAAUGUGAAGCCGCGGAGUCAUCUGCACCCCGCACCGCUGAUACCGAAGGCGUAGAAGGUGUCGCCCUUGCAGCACCAUCAAAAGACGCCAAGGACGCCAACCCCGAGGCGCCUUGUAUCUUUACUUCUGUCACGCCGGCCUGGAACAAUCAGAACCUACGACGGCUAUGCGAGAAGAUCCGAUCGCCCCUGGUAUUUGCUCAUGUUAGGGCCUCUACCGCUGGCGCUUUAUCGGAGACCAAUUGCCAUCCUUGGAGAUUCGGCCGUCUGAUGUGGAUGCACAAUGGACAGAUCUCUUCCUUCUCAAAGCUAAAGAGGACUCUGCUGUCCUCCCUGAACGAUGAGCUGCUGGACUUUCCACAAGGGCAGACUGACAGCGAGUGGGCCUUUGCGCUCUUCCUCAGUCAUCUCGACAGGCCUCACAGGGAGGAGGCUUUUGGCUGGAAGGAGCUCAAGAUUGCCAUGGAGACGACGAUUGCAGAUCUCAAUGCUUGGGCGAAGAGCAAGGGUGUGCAGGAACCAUCACUGAUGAAUUUCUGCGUCACAGAUGGUCUGUCCAUCUUGUGCACUCGCUACGUGUCUUCCCUCCAUGAUGAAGCAGCCUCUUUGUACUUUUCUUCAGGUACAAGUUUCUACGAGAGAGAGAAGGGCAUGUUCCGCAUGCGAAAGGAGGACAGGCGACAGAACAUUGUAGUGGUGGCCAGUGAGCCUCUCACGUUCCAAAAAGCCGAUUGGAUGGAGGUGCCUACCAACACCAUGAUCAUCAUCACACCGAAGAUGAACGUCCUUCAGAUUCCCAUCCUAGACGAAUACUCCCCCAUCGACCGGCCCCAUCCUACAAGGGCGCCAAGAGCAGCAAAUGCCUCGAAGACUGAUGAGCUGGACAACUCCUUCCAAUAUCAAAGUCACCAAGCCAAAGCGUCCCAUUUCACCUCUCCUCUGCAACGCAUCCACGUCGAAGACGUCAGUCGAACUGCGCGCAACCGUGUGCCAGGCACUGGCGAGGCAGACGAGGAGGAGACCGGCGAGGAGUCCUUUCUGGAGAAGGCGCGACAGAGGAAUCGGCGUAGGGAAGGUAGUACGCAGCGUUCGCCUGCUUUUGCCUUACACAAGGGCUUUCCACCAAACAGCCACGUCGGCCUUGGUGUAGCAGGCGGUGUCAGCAGCAAUGCGGGGGCCGCUACCGCGGGCAAUGCCUGA